GCAAGAUCGGGGCCUGUUGAUGACAUCAUCACUACGCGCCCUUGUUAGGGGUGGAGGUGGCGGAUGCCUCUUCAAAACAGUAAAUUGUUGUUUCCUGGUUUUCGUCUCCUAUCGCUGAAAUAGCAGCUGUUGGGAUGCCCAAAAAGUUCCAGGGGGAAAACUCUAAGGCGGCCACAGCCAGAGCCCGAAAGGCUGAAGCCAAGGCUGUCGCAGAUGCCCGCAAGAAGCAGCAGGAGGAGGAUGCCCUCUGGCAAGAAACAGACAAACAUGUUCUCAAGAAAGAGCAGAGAAAAGAUGGGAAGGAGAAGAAGAGGAUGGAGCUCUUGGAGAGGAAAAAGGAAAACCAGCGACUUCUGGAUGAGGAGAGUUCCCAUCUAAAAGGCAAAUCUCAGAAGGAGGCUGGAUCUGGUGGAAAAGUGACCCGUGCCCAAAUUGAGCAGAUGCUUCAGAACGAACAGGAAGAGCAACAGGAGAUCAAACAGAAAGAGAAAAGCCAUUUGGAGACCCCGUUGGAGGAGAAUAUCAACAGAGUUAUAGCUGAUGAAGGAUCUGUGGAAGCCAGAACAAUAGAGGACGCCAUCGCUGUGCUCAGCACUGAAUCAGAGGACCUGGACCGCCACCCGGAGCGGAGGAUGAAAGCUGCAUUUGCUUCCUAUGAGGAAGCAAACAUGCCUCGUCUAAAACAGGAGAACCCCAACAUGCGGCUGUCACAGCUGAAGCAACAGCUGAAGAAGGAAUGGAAUAAAUCUCCAGAAAACCCCCUGAACCAGCGUUUUGCCACCUACAACACAAAGUGAUUUCUUUUUUUCUUGCCAUAACAUUUGACAACUCAGCUUGGGCACAUUGGAGACUUCUAUUGGAAAAAAAAAAAAAUUUCAGUGAAUAAUGUGCUGCUGAUGAGAACUUCAUCUGGAGGUUUCAUGUGUCAGAGGACACAACUUUGUUCUUCCAUUGGCUAGCAAGAAAAAUCAAGUUUUUUUCAUAUCGAGUUAACGACUCAUCAUCAUAUUUGUGUGCAUAGACUCUAAUGAAGCAUUCGAACAUCUAAUUAAUUAACUUGCAUCUUUUUUUCUAACCCAUCUGGGUAGGUGGGACUCCAGAUGUUGUGAGAGUAACUUAUUAAAGUUCAUCUCUAAAUCGCCAA